GUGUGAUUAACACCCCUCCGCCAAACCUCUCCCUGGGCCAUUUGGAGCCAGCACGCGUCCACGCUCCUUGUUGACCCUUUCACGCGCAGCCUUUUUGUUUACCUCUCCAGCAAAUGAGAGAAGGUGGCCGGCAGACCGCUCAGCAAGGGGGUAUAAAAAUCCUGCUUCUGGCGAGAGCCGAUCCACAAGCCAGUUCCAAACGCAUCUGCAGAGUCCCAGAGAGAGUCUACGUCUACGGGGAAAGCGCAGCAGCAGCAGCACCUGGGCUGACUGCUGAAUAGGACAGAGCAUGGAGAGGUCGAUGCUCUGCCGCUGCGGCUCUCCUCCAGUCGAAGCACCGCAAGGCCGGAUUUGCUGCAAAAGUCCUCCAGGGUCGGAAGGAUUUUGGAGACCUUGGAUCGACGCUCCGAAAAAUGCCGGGAGGCAGCGCUUGCAAAACCACAGUGCGCUGAGUAGUCUCCCUGAGAUUACAGAAGAUUUAGCAAAAUUUACACAGUAUACACACCCAGUCAGAUUAUUCUGGCCCAAAUCCAGGUGCUUUGACUAUUUGUACCAAGAAGCUGAAGCUCUGCUGAGAAACUUCCCUGUCCAGGCCACCAUUUCCUUUUAUGAAGACUCAGAGAGUGAGGAGGAGAAUGAUGACAUGGAGCACGACACCCAACAGCAGAACUAGGCUACCAACUGUACUAAAACUGUACUCAUGUAUGGAUUAAUUUAAUGUUAUUAUCAACAUACUAUUUUAAACUAAUUUAUAUGUAAAUUAUUCUUAAUUAAAAGUAUUUUUAU